AUGGAGAAGAAGCUGAUUGCAGUGAUUGGUGGAUUGGAUUCCCUUACUUCUCUUGAUAUGAGGAUUCUCCUGGAUAUCUACAAGAUUCCCCAGCUCACCUAUAGUCCCACUCCAGUGAUGAAGGACAGAUCUCCCAGUCUUCCCUUCUACCAGAUGGUUCCUAAGGAAGAGCUUCAAUAUGAAGGGAUUCUGUCUCUACUUCUGCACUUCAGAUGGAUAUGGAUUGGGUUGUUGGUUAUGGAUAAUGACAGUGGAGAACGAUUUGUGCAAACCGUGUUUCCCAUGAUUUCUCAGAAGGGCGUCUGUCUUGCAUUCAUACAAAAAAUCCCCAUCAUUACUUUUAUUACUGAUGUGUUUGAGAUGCUACAUAAAGGGGAGAAGAUUUAUGAUGCUUUGAUCAGCAGUAAGGUUACAGUGAUACUUGCCUAUGGUGAAUCUUAUUCCAUGGGAGUGUUUAGAUUUGUAUCUUAUCUAUCAGAUGAAGAUGUAGGCAGUAAGCCUAGGAAACCCACAGGAAAUUUGUGGAUCAUCACAGCCCAAGUGGAGAUUGCUUCAUUUGGAUUUCAAAGGUAUUGGGAUUUAGAAAUUCUCUGUGGAGCUUUAGGCUUCACAUUUCAUUCCAACGAUGUGUCUGGAUUUCAGCAGUUUAUUACGAGUCGAAACCCUUCCACUACAAAAGGAGAUGGUUUUUUCAAAGGCUUUUGGGAGGAGGCCUUCAAUUGCCGAUUUUUAGGUACAUUUCUAAAUGAAGGAGAGGAGAACAUUUGCACCGGGCAGGAGAAACUGGAGACACUCCCUGCCACCUUUUUUGAAAUGUCCAUGUCUGGCCACAGCUACAGUAUCUACAAUGCUGUCUAUGCCAUAGCCCAUGCUUUACAUGCCAUGGUUACAUCUGGCCUCAAACACAGAGCAAUGAUGGAUGGUGGGCUGCAGCUUCAUAAUCAGCCAUUUUGGCAGCUUCCCAAUUUCUUGAGGCACGUCAUAUUUAAUAACAGUAUUGGGGACAAGAUGGCCUUUGACCAAGAUGGGAAUUUGGUAGCUGGAUUUGAUGUCAUCAAUUUUAUUUUUUCUGAAAACCAGACAGUAGUGAAAAUAGGAAGGAUAGAUCCACAGUCUCCUCCAGACAAAAUGUUAGUCAUCAAAGAAGAUGCGAUAACAUGGAAUAGCUGGUUUAACCAGACACGGCCCGUUUCUCUCUGCACCCCAAGCUGUUAUCCAGGUUCUACUAAACAAGUCCUAGAGGGGAAGCCAUUUUGCUGCUACUCUUGUAACCCAUGUCCAGAAGGGAAAAUUGCAGAAAAGGAGGAUCUGAAUGACUGUUAUGCUUGCACAGAUGAAAAUUAUCCCAACAAAAACCAGGAUUCAUGUAUUCCCAAGGAUAUAAGUUUCUUGUCCUAUAAAGAACCUUUGGGGAUCGGUUUAGCCUGUUUUUCUCUUUUCUGUUCCACAAUCACAAUUCUGGUACUAAGGACAUUCCUGAUGCAUCACAACACUCCCAUCGUCAAAGCCAGCAGCCGGGAUCUCACCUACAUCCUCCUGGUCACCCUCCUGCUCUGCUUCCUCUGUGCAUUACUUUUCAUCGGUCAGCCAAAUAAGGUGACAUGCCUUCUCCGACAAACUGCUUUCAGCAUCAUCUUCUCUGUGGCUGUUUCCUGUGUGCUGGCCAAGACUGUGACUGUGGUCCUUGCUUUCAUGGCAAUCAAGCCAGGAAACGCAAUGAAGAAGUGGGUGGGGAAAAGACUGGGCUAUUCUUUUGUUUUAUCUGGCUUCUUAAUUCAGGUUGGGAUUUGCACGAUAUGGCUGGCUACCUCUCCUCCUGUCCCAGAUGCUGACCUGCAUGCAGAGACUGGAAAAAUUAUUCUUAAUUGUAAGGAAGGGUCCAUGAAUAUGUUUUACUCUGCAAGGUGCUAUAUGGGCUUCUUGGCCAUGAUCAGUUUCGUGGUUGCUUUCCUUGCCAGGAAGUUACCUGACAGUUUCAAUGAAGCCAAGUUCAUUGCUUUCAGCAUGUUGAUCUUCUGCAGUGUUUGGCUCUCCUUUGUUCCAACCUACUUGAGCACCAAGGGGAAAUACAUGGUGGCUGUGGAGAUCUUCUCAAUGUUAAGCUCGAGUGCUGGGCUACUGAUCUGCAUCUUUUUCCCCAAAUGUUACGUUAUUGUGUUGAGGCCUGAGCUGAACAAGAAGGAACUAAGAAUAAAAAGAAAUUGCUGA